AGGCUCAGCAGAAACUCCGCAGUUCGCCCUCUCGGUCGGUCUAUCUCUACCGCAUUUCUGCAGCAAAACCUCCACAAGAUGAAGGUAUUUGCAGCUCUUCUUUUCGUCGGCUCGCUGUCGGUGGUUGCGCAAGCCGAGCUACCGCAAGGCACGGAAUAUUUCGGAGCCUUUUUCUGUCCUCCAGCUCCUGAGGACUCGGACGUGGCAGAAUGCUCCGCACCCUGCGGUGGAUCAGAUGAGUGUGCUGGAGACGGCAUGCUCUGCUGUCCACUCACCCAAGACUGCCGGAUUUGCCGUCAAGGGAUCCCCAGUAAUGACGGAGCGCUAGUGUGUCGCACUGAGGAUGAAGAGGAGGUCGCUCCACUAACUAUCACUCUGGACGAAGCGGAGUGUGAAUACUGUGUGUGUGUCAACGGCAUGUUCUACUGCAAUGAACUGGAGGAACUGGAGGAUGGAACAUGUCCAGAUCUGCCUCCGCCUACCGAGGGGGCCGUUUGCAGCUAUGAGGAGAGGGAGGUUCCACCUACGGAAUUCACUGUCAUUAGAUCUGAAGAAGACUGUGACAUCUGCAUCUGUGGGAAUGGAGUUCUCUUCUGCAGAAGCUGUGAACCAGAUGUAACAUGUGAGUAUGGGGGACACAGACUGAGACUUGGAGAAACUGUAUUCUCUAAUGGUGACUGCAGUCUCUGCACCUGCAUGGAGAGUGGAGAAGUUGAAUGUGCAACGCAGGAUGACUGCACUCCAAUGUGUAUGUACCGCGGCGAGGAGGUGGCAGUUGGAGAUACGGUACCGUCUGAGGACGGCUGCAAUGAAUGUACUUGUUUGGAUGAUUCCACACUGUCUUGCACUGAAAGAGCAUGCGAGUGCGAGAAUGGAGAGGGCGAGUCCGUUGCUCCCAGAGUCCGUGUGCUAAUGCCAGGUGUUUUGCCCAUCAAAACGCUACCUGCUACAACGACUACUGCGGUGGAUGCAACACUCGCUGGAUGCUGGAUGGAGAAGAUGUGACUGAGACAUGCAUGGGGGAGGAAACUAGUGAACCCGAGCUCACCCACAUCCCAACAUGUCCUGCUGACGCAUUGGAUACCUGCGACGAGCAGUGCUCUGACCAUGAUUCUGCCCCGACACGCAGCUCUGCUGUCGAGGCUGCGGCUCUUCCUGCCAAGUCCCAUCAACCUGCCCAGUUACAGUGUCCCCCUCAUGUGCCCACGUCAGACCGUGGUACUCGACGAAGACAGCCUCACCUGUGACAUCCAGUGCCAGUACAACGACCAGUGCCCCGGGGAGAAAAUCUGCUGCUACAGUGGAUGCUCCUCCUCCUGCCAGUACGGCGUGCCCCCUCCCAAUUCCUGCACCGUCGUCCGACGGCUUCUGGAAGACGACAGAGAUGAACCAACUUCUGAUGAAGACGAGCCUCCACUGGGCGAGUUUUUGCCAGGCUGCCAUAGGGAAGGGUUCUUCAACCCAGUCCAGGUCUCCGAAGCAAACAGGUGGUGUGUGAAUGUGGUUACUGGCGAGCCCAUUGGAUCUGCCUACACUGCCAGUGAUGGCCUCACCCUCACCUGUCCCAAUUGUACCCACAAUGGCCGAGUGUUCUAUGUUGGACAAUCUUUCAACGAUGAGUGCAAUGACUGCGUAUGUACGGAGACGGGUGUGGCAGUUUGCACACGUCGAGCCUGUUUGGAUCCCUGCGUCCUACCAGCGUCACCUGGAACAUGUGAAGACAGGCAGAACCGCUACUUUUUCGACAGAGACUCGCGGUUCUGCCAGAAGUUUGUCUACAGCGGCUGUGGAGGCAACGCCAACAGAUUCUCAUCUGUUUACAACUGUCUUCAUGCAUGCGACUCUGAGAGUGUGUGUCUGUUGGACUGGGACGAGGGAGAACGCUGCAAUGAUGAAGAGGACAGUGCUAAUCCCACAAGAGAUUUGUUCUAUUACUAUAAUGCAGAGGAAGGUGCAUGCAGCUCAACGGUUGGAUACAGAUGUGGCGGCAAUGGAAAUAGGUUUCACAGCGGCAUUGACUGCUUGCGGACUUGUGACCCAUCCAAUCCUGGGCCUACAGAUGUCCAUGGAAACUCUUGUUGGGAGAUUGCGUGUGACACCCCUUUCUGUGGAGAGGGGGUUCAGCCUGUCGCUAGUGACGAUUUCUGCUGUCCUGUCUGCCCCUAUGAACAAGAGUGUGAGGAUGACGAGUUCCGGUGUUUGGACGGCUCUUGCAUCCGAGCCAGGCUGGAGUGUGAUGGGCUGAGUGACUGUGAUGAUGGUUCUGAUGAGAUAGAUGAUGGGUGUUCCCCCUUCAUCAUUGCUUGUGAGUUCCGGUGCUCUGAUGAGCAGUGCGUGCCUGAAGACUAUGUCUGUAAUGGAGUGUUGGAGUGUGACAAUGGACGUGAUGAGGUUGAUUGUGAUGUUGAAGUUCCGCAGGCUCCUUCUUACACAUUAUUUGAGUGCCCUGAGUCUAGAGACUUGCUCGGAGACUGUGACGAGAGCGAGUGUAUGGUCAACACAGAGUGUCGGGAAGGCAAGAUGUGCUGCCUCAAUAACUGCAACCAGCGUUCCUGCACAGAGCCACACACAUCUGAUAUCGCUGGCUGCAGAGCCAUCGCUCAGUAUCUCAGUACCAGCAACGCCAGCUACAUUCCCCAGUGUGACUCAGUCGGACAGUUCACACCGCUCCAGUGUACUGGGGAGGGAGAGAAUAAGUUGUGCUGGUGUGUCAACAUCAUCACUGGCAAUCCUUUCACCGAGCUAAGCAGUGACGACGAUAUUGACUGUCGACGUUGUGACUACAGUCGCUCUAGAUAUUAUCCUGGAGAUGUAUACACAAAAACAGAUGACUGCAACACAUGUGUGUGUGACAGCUCAGGGGAAUCAAUAUGUGGCCGCAGAGCCUGUACGGAAGAAAGUUGUGAGGUUCAUGAGGUCACUAUUGACCAUGGUGAGACAAAGGAAUUUGACUGCGUAAUAUGCACUUGUUUGUAUGGGCUCAACUGCACCAGAAAGGAUUGCUCGGGCAUCGGAGUUGUACGGGAAACUGUGCAAGUGGAGAUGACGUUUAGCGGAGAGCUUCCAUCCAGUGAGGAAGAGCAAGAAGAAGUAGAACGGUGGGCAGCCUAUAGUGUAUCUAUUUUGUACUCUUCCUUCUUUUCUGCACAGUGGUGUAGUAAGGUCAAUACUGGGAAUGUAUGGAGAGUCUAUGGACCUUGAUGAGAGCCAGGUGGAGAUAGAUGAGCUCCGCCAGGGUAGUAUAAUUGUGGUGGUGGAGUUCAAAGACACAGAAAGACGACACUGGAGCCAAUGUCACUAUCCUUGUGGUCCAACUGGAGAAAGAUGUAUGUGUGUGGUGCAGUGUUACACAACUAAAGCAGGGACUCAUUCUCCACCUUAACUUAAAAGCUACAUAGACCAAGGGUUGAAGCGGUUUUAUUGCCCGUAUUUCCUCCCUCUCUGUCUGCAGUAUGAAGAUGGGGUCCUGGUGAUCAGAAAUGGUAACAAGGCUUAUGUGCCAGCUGGGCAGUUCAGUGCAGAGACUGUCAGUCAGGAAGACGAUGAUGAGGACGAACAUGAGUUGUUUUGGUGGCACUGGCUCCUCAUCGGACUGGCCGGCGCAGUUCUUGUU